AUGUUAUUAGAGCAGGAGAGUCCGCGGACGGGCUGUACGCCGCUCGGGUUCUGGAGACACUUCAGCAGAGACACAAAGUCCCGGCGUGUUGGGUCCUGUGACCCCUCAUCGGUCUCUCUCGGUCAUUUCUUGGACAUUUCUGUGUCCGGCUCGGUGUGUGGACACAGCGUGGACACGGGGGACUGGGGCUCGCUAUAUAAGAGGACUGUUGGACAGUUGGGGCUCACCCAGCUGCAGAGAGACCCUGACCUGAGGAGAAACCCAGAUGAAGAUGGAGUCAUUCAUCCUCUGGAGGGCUGUCCUCAUCUUCCUCACACUUUCCUGUGUCCAGAUAUGUGUGCAGAUAGUCAGCCCCAGAGUGCAGUGUUCCUGCCAGAGUUCGCCCUCUCACCUCAGGGCAGCUUCAUGGAGGAUGCCACAGAAGAUCAGUUUCUAACCUACAGAUACGACGACCAGGCAUCCAGGAUGACCCGCUCAGAUGAAGACAGGGACAUCGGGUGGGACGCCUGGGGCCCCUGGAGUGACUGCUCUCGAACCUGCGGGGGAGGAGCCUCUUACUCUCUGAGACGCUGUCUCAACGGAGGAAGGUGUGAUGGCAAAAACAUCCGCUACAGAACCUGCAGUAACAUGGACUGCCCAGCAGCAUCAGGUGAUUUCCGGGCUCAGCAGUGUUCAGCACACAAUGACAUCAAGUACCAGGGUGUCACCUAUGAGUGGGUCCCAGUGCCUUAUGACCCCUCAGCACCCUGUGCACUGCGGUGCCAGGCCAAAGGAAGAAGCCUCACUGUUGAACUGGCCCCUAAGGUGCUGGAUGGGACACGAUGCCGGGCAGAUGCCUUUGACAUGUGCAUCAGUGGAGUGUGUCAGGAGGUGGGGUGUGAUCGGCAGCUGGCCAGCGGUGCCAGGGAGGAUAACUGCGGUGUCUGUGGAGGUGACGGCUCCACGUGCCGGCUGGUACGAGGGCAGGCCGUAGCCCACCUUACACCAGAACAAUCUGUGAAGACAGUGCUGGAGGUGCCGGUGGAAAGCCGCUUUCUCAGACUCAGUGCUAAAGGACUUGAUUUGAUAGUUAUAGAAGCUGUCUCCCUUCAGGGGUGGAAGGAGGAGACCAGUCUGGUGUCUACAGGCUCCUACAUGAUAGGAAACACAUCCUUGGACUUCCAAAGAGGGACAGACAGGCAGGCACUCAGGACACAUGGUCCACUCAAGGCUGAUUACAUUAUCAAGAUGAAGUAUGAAGACUCCAAGGACACAGUUGUCCAAUUUCUCUUCUACCAGCCAAUCAGGUACCAGUGGAGAGAAACUGACUUCUUCCCCUGCUCGGUUACCUGUGGAGGAGGCUAUCAGCUGAACUCUGCAGAGUGCACAGACAUUCGAUCCAACCAGACCCUCUCUGAGCAUCAUUGUAACAGCUUUCCUGAAAACACCAAGCCCACACCAAAACUCAAGGAGUGCAACAUGGACCCCUGCCCAGAGAGUGAUGGAUUCAAAGAGGUGAUGCCAUAUGAUCACUUCCAACCUCUGCCUCGCUGGGAGCAGGGCCCCUGGACCCAGUGCUCUGUAUCCUGUGGUGAAGGCGGCGGCUGGCAGGACCGCAGCGUGCUGUGUGUGGAGGAGGACACCCACGGACAGUUCUCCCAGGUGGAGGAGUGGAAGUGCACCCACUCCCCUCGACCUAUUACUCGACAGAUUUGCAACACGUUUGCCUGCCCCGAGUGGGUGGCCAUGGAGUGGUCUCAGUGCACAGUGACGUGUGGCCGUGGCCUGCGCUACCGGGUGGUCCUGUGCAUCGACCAUCGUGGGCAGCACAUCGGAGGCUGUGAAACGUCACUCAAACCUCAUGUUAAAGAAGACUGUCUGGUCCCUAUUGCCUGCCACAAGCCCAGAGAAUCUCUGCCAGUGGAGGCCAAGGUACCCUGGUUAAAACAAGCCCAUGAACUGGAGGAACACCAAACUGCUACAGAGGACCCCACAUUCAUACCCGGGCCCUGGUCACCCUGCACCACCACCUGUGGGCUCGGCAGGCAAAGUCGUCAGGUCAAGUGUCGGGUGCUUCUCUCAUUCACCAAGACAGAGGUGGAUCUUCCAGAGGAGGAGUGUGGCGAGGACAGACCCCAGCUUGAGAGGCCCUGCAACCAGGGGCCAUGUAUCAAAGUUUCAGGCAUCUCUUCAGGCCUUGAGGACCAUGGGGACCCUUACAUUCAGACACAAGAACUGUACAGCUGGGCCCACAGGGGUUUCACUGCCUGCUCAGCCACAUGUGCUGGUGGGAAGCAGAAAGCUGUUGUGAGGUGUGUUAACAAAAGGCAGGGUGAGGAGGUAGAGGACUCGCUAUGUGAGUCAUCCAGGAGGCCACCAGUAAUGAUCCGCAUCUGUGACCCUGAGCCAUGCCCCCCAAGAUGGGAGGUGACAGCGUGGACUGGCUGCUCUGCGUCCUGUGGCGUUGGCAUACAGACCAGGAGUGUAUUUUGCAUGCGUCUGUUGUCUGUUGACCAGCAGGACAUUAUGACUGUUUCAGAAGAUGAGUGCAGGGAAUUCAAACCUGCCAUCCUGCAACCCUGCAACCAGGUGGACUGUCCUCCUGCCUGGGACACUGAACCUUGGCAGCAGUGUUCCCAGUCAUGUGGUGGGGGUGUCCAGUUGCGGAAGGUCUACUGUAAGCAGCUCCUGUCCACAGGAGCCUAUAGGAGGCUGGGAGACAAGGCCUGCUGGGAGGCCAAACCUGCCUCUAACAGAGGCUGCAGCCACACUGACUGUCUGCCCUACAUGGCGGGAGGAGAGUGGGGAAAGUGUUCAGUGUCCUGUGGUUUGGGGAUCCAGCGUAGGGAGCCACUCUGUCGCCAGCUGAUGGCCAUGGGCCACCAGGUGACGCUGGCCAGGGAGCUGUGUUCAGGGCUGCCCUCCCCACCACUCGUGCGAACCUGCCGCAUGAUGGCCUGUCCCAGCCACAAAAACGGAGUUAGAAGGUGUACGCAGCUCAUGGGAGUGCACCGUAUCUACAUCCAGACCAGCAAGGAGAAACGCCUCCACCUGACCGUUGGCGGCCACGCCUACCUCCUACCAAACACCUCCCUGGUCAUCAAAUGCCCUGUCAGAAAGUUCCCCAAAGCCUACAUCCGCUGGCUGAAAGACGGACGCCCCCUGUCCAGCUCCAAACGCCUCAGCGUUAGCAAAUCCGGCUCUCUGAAGAUCCACUUUCUGGGGCCAGGGGACAACGGAGUAUACAAGUGUAUUGCUGGACCUGCCUCAGACAUCUUCACCCUCCAGCUGAUAGGUAGUGACAGCAAGUCAAGUGGCAGAUCAUCUACUGCCAGCCCUCGUUCAAACUGGGACGAGAUGGUGCAGAGAUGCAGUUGGCACUCCUCCGACCUGGAGCUGAUCUGGCCUACAAUUAGUGUCUCUUUGCUGCCCCCUGGUGUUCAAGAGGCCUCACUGCAGCCAGGGGUGGAGGAAAGGCUGAUUAAUAUCACCCUGCAGGCUGACAGAGGAGAGAUCCAGCAGGAGCAGGCCUCAGAACUCAUCUCCUCACUGUUGACCGACAUGUCUGCUGCCCAGCUCUGGACCACAGGAGGACAAUCUAAAGACAGAUGGCCCAACUGGUCAGAGCGCUUUUCAUUGGAGACAGUUGCAAAGAAGCCAGUGAUCAUCAGACAGCAGCAGACACUACCACUGACUUUUCAGAAGAACAUCAACGUUAGCAUUGGAUACAGCGCCCUCCUCACCAACGCGACCCGAUCAGUGACCAUACUCUGUCCCGCGGAAGGCUUCCCACCUCCCACAAUCAGCUGGACCAAAGACGGCGUUCUGCUGCAGCACACUGACAGGGUGUUCUGGGGUAGCUCCGGAGAACUCCACAUCCUUCAGCCCACAGCGUUUGACAGAGGCCAGUACAAGUGCACAGCUGCCAACAUGCACGGCUCGGACUCAGAGACUUUUCAGCUACUGGUGGCAGAGCCACCAGCCAUCGUGGUGUCAUGGAGGAAUGUUUCAGACCAUGGGAUGGUGUUGGGCCACAGCUUGAAGGCCACGGUUGGGGGACAAGUCAGCGUUCGGCCAGGUGCCAACCUCACUCUGGACUGCUCUGUCACUGGUGUUCCUCAGCCCAGAGUAACAUGGCACAGGAAGAAUGGACCAUUGGGUGCUGGUGCUGUUUUUGUGCUGCCUAGCUCACUGUGGAUCAAAAAUGUUUCUCUGCACAACCAAGGCAUCUACUCCUGCACUGCCACUAACACCAUAGGAAAGUCAACUGCUUCUACUGCCCUGCACGUCUAUGGACCAUACCCUGCUGGAGGAAGCAGGGCUGCUGCAGUCUCACAGGAGCUGAACAGGCGAAGGGUCCUCAUGGCGUCACGCCGUGGAACAAGUGUCUUUAUCAAACCCGGGGACAAUCUACGUAUAGGUUGUCCAGUAGUUGCGGAGCACAAAUUGCCAGUGCGCUGGGACUACAACAAUCAGACCCUGAAGGAGAUUUCAGGUCCAGCUCAGACCCAGGGUCCUGAUCAGGGUCAGAGUCUGCACUACAGGAUGCUGGUGCGAGGCCGUGUCCUUGAGGUCAACACACUCCAAGGGAAGUUCUCAGGCCAGUACCGAUGCCAGACCCUCAUGAACAGUACCAGACAAAUACUGGCUGCCUGGAUAUACAUUCACACUGAAGACUUUGGCUGGCGUUUUGGAGACUGGACCGCAUGCAGUGCUUCCUGUGGGAACAGGGGGACCUGGCUGCGGAUGAUUCAGUGUGUCACCCUGGAUGGAAAGGACGUCCAGCCUGCCAUGUGUCAGCACAUACCAAAACCCAUCACUUCCCCAGUUCCCUGCAACAGACAGGACUGCCCUCCCAGAUGGUUGGUAUCAGAGUGGUCAAAGUGCUCGGCCUCAUGUGGGAGUGGCUGGAAACAGAGACAGGUCUCCUGUCAGCAGCUGGAUGCCAGAGGUGCGGUGAAGAUUCUGACGGCAGCUGCCUGUGGGGGGGUGAGCCGGCCAGCGCACACGGAGCCGUGCACCGCCAAUAACUGCCCCACUUGGGUCACCAGUCCAUGGGGAAAGUGUUCAGGGAGGUGUUUAGGCCCCACCACCACAGUACAGAAGAGAUCUGUCAUCUGCCAACAUGCCAAUGGAUCCUUGUACACAGACUGUGUCCUCACAGACAGGCCCGCAUCGGUACGCAACUGUUCGUCGGACCUGUGUGAUGUCCAGUGGCGGCCUGGUGCGUGGCGGGCAUGCACGGUCGUCUGUGGCAGUGGCUUUCAGUCCCGCAGGGUGGACUGUGUUCACCGCAGGAGUGGCAGGACUCUGGCUGACCAGCACUGUGCCUGGCUCCAGCGGCCCUCCACCUGGCAGCACUGCAACACCACCACCUGUGGGAGUGAAUGCAAGGACACCACCCAGUACUGCAGCGUGGUGAAGAGGCUGAAGCUGUGCAACGUGGAUAUGUACAAACAGAGAUGCUGCGGGUCGUGUUCACAGGACACUGACUCCACUUAGUGGCAGUGAGGUCUUAUAACCACACUACAUUCUUUUGUCUCUUGGGCUACAUGCAACAGAGCAGAGACUGCAAGGGCACCGUCUGAGAGUGGAUGCUUCAAGAGCUGCAUUAUGUAAACGGGACAAGCUUCAGUCAAAUUCUUUCCCUUCCUAAAAGGAAACUCAGUGGAGCUUCAAAAGGAAGGAAGGAUAAGGGGGCUUUAUUUUCUGAUUUGGAUCCAACCUCCUAAUAAGUGUUCACUAUGUGGAUCAAAUACAGUUUUUGGAAUUUACUGCAAAAACUGAAGUUUAGGUUUCAGUGACAUUCGAACAAGACAGCCUGGCCAAAAAUUAAUAUAACGGCAUUGUUUAUUGUAGAACGCAAACCACUGCUCUCCUGUAAACAAGACUUAGACUGAGGUGUUGGUUUGCCAGUAAUGGCCUUUGGUAGAUUUGAGAUAUCAGCCAUUCAUGUGAAGUUCAUCAUAUCAGCAGCUACAUAAAAACAGCCAGGAGAAGUUGCAGUCAUACUUUUCCUCCUUUUAACUUUUCUUUAUUUAUUUGUGUAAAUGUUCAGAAGUGUUUUUAUAAAUAGUUCAUCUAAAAUAUUAAAGGGAAAUUCUGCAUUAUUAAAACUUGGGGCUCAUUUUCAUAGUUGUGACCAUCAUUUCUACUAACUGUUGCAGUUGUUGAGGUCUGGCAACACAGGAGCCUUGCUAAAUGAGAAGUCAGACCAUCAGUCAGCUUGGAAACAAGCCAACAGUUUAGCCAUGCUAUCCAAACCACUUAAUCUGGAGGUGAUCUGAACGUGAGUGCACUCAGAAUGAGUGUCCAAAAAUAUUAUUGGUGACAGUAACAAUGGCCAAAACUAAAAAUAAGACCCAAGUUGUAAUAAAUCGCAACUGUCCUUUUAUCUAUCCUUGACUUUACCGACCAUGAAAAGGUACGGUGCAUCACUUUGCUUUAAAGAGCUGCUAACCCGAAGAUCAUUUCUAUAGUGUGGAUUCCAGUGUUGCGUGUGUUUUAGUGUCCCAUGAUGAUAUUUAGAAGACUUUUCCAUCCUGAUUAAAAAGUUUGGUAGACACACUGAAUUCUUAUUCUUCUAUUUAUGAUAUUAACACAAAAACAUCACCCUGACACCCACCAUGGGUGACUUCAUUCUAGAAGGUGGUGUUGGCCCUUGAAACCCCAUGUCUGUAAAACUAACCCUGUCGCCAGAUGGA